GAAAAUGACAGAUACAGUGCAGUGAUUCUUCUGAGUGGACACAUGGUAUCAAACUUCUGGUUCUGGGCGCAUUUUCACUUUAUGUUAAUAUGAAUUAGUAGUUUAAACAUCAACAAAGUCUCCUCUCAUUUCAGGUAGUAAUAAAACCCACAUGACAGAUGUUGAAAGCAUUUCACAGAUGCAGAACUUUUACAGAACUCUGACUAUCUUCUCAUCUGAUGCAUUAGUUUCCAAUAAAAUGCUCCUUUUCAGCCUCAGAUGAGGAUCUAAAUGCAGGUUCAUGCUUGUUGCGCGGACAUUUUCUCUAGUCAGCUGAGAACGUGCUGCUGUGUUCUCUGCAGCUUUUUUUUUUUUUUUUUUUUUUUUUUGAUGCAGGGAGAGGCGGUCCGGGCCGGGCUGGGCCGGACCAGGCUCAGUUAAUAAAGCUUCCUGUGAUCCUGCAGGGAGGAAACAGGAGUCCUCCAACAUCCAGCCUGCAGUAUUCGGAGCUGACUGUUCUCUCUCCUCUCCUCGGAGCUACAUCUAUGGUUUCUUUUCCCCCCUGAUCGGAUAUUUGCAGCAGUUUUGCGGCUCUUUCCGGAGCUCCGAUCAUGGGAGACGCUCAGUCUGCGCAGCGGGACGCACAGAAGGAUGCGGAGCCCGGAGAGGAUGUCCAAACCGAGCAGAGCACCGAGGACAAGCCUCUGGAAAACAAAGAGCCGAUCUCAGAGCUCAAUGGAAAAGCAGACGGCACAUUAGCAGGAUUUAAUGGUCACAGUGUGGAUGCGGCAGAGGAUAUACCUUCUCCAGACAAAGAUGUUCCAAAUGUUGAAAUUAGCGCAAACAAACCCGAUGAAGAAGCAGACGUUCCCGUGAAAACGAUUGAAAUGGAGGCGAAGCAGAAUGAGAUCAAUGAGGGUUUCAAGAGAUUUUUUAACAACAUUGGUUUGAAGUUGACAGUAAAGAAAGGCUCCGCCGAAAAGGGUGAAAUGCAAGUGCCUGAGGAAGAACCAAACAAAGAAGAAGACAUCAAAGAUACAACAAAGGAAAGUGAGAAUGCUGAGCAGAACAAGGAACUUAACGCAGCACAGGAGGCUUACGACAAUGAUUCAACAACAGGCCCGACAAUGACUGAUGGUACAUCAGAGGAUUUGCUCGACACAGAAACCAAAAUGGAAGCUGAAUCUAAUAAAGCAGACGCAGCAAGAAGUUCACAUGGAAGUGAAGGUGGACACCAAGAAGCCGCACCUGAAGAUGUGGUCCCAUCUCCAUUCAAACGUUUUUCACUUCAGUUGAAAACUGGAUUCUUUUCUGGUCUACGGAAGAAAAAAGAGCCAGCUGAGAAAGAGCUGGUAGAUAUGGGCAAAAAGGAGGACGCAACGGAACAAACUGUACAAGACCAACAACAGGACAAGGUGGAGGAUGAAACUGCUACAGUUUGGCAGGAACUUAAGGAAAUGAAACCUAAAGAUGUGUCUGCAGCAUCAGCUCAAACAACAGACGAAGCAAAAUCACCUUCCACGGAUCCAUCAGCAAUCAUUGCAACCGAGUCUGAAAUUCUGAGCUCUCAAGAAAAAGUUCAAGCCAGUCCCAUGAAGAGGCUGCUGUCAGGUUCUAGCUUGAAGAAACUCUCCAAAAAGCAGAGAGGCAGGAAAUUAAGUGAUGGAAGGCUGUCUGACUCUGGAGAACACAGCUCUGAUCAUCUAAUGUCAUCUACAGAGUCAGCUGAUAAUCCCAGAGAGGACAGUUCUCCACAAUCCUCUGCAGACGCAACAGGAGAGGAAGAGGGUCCGUGGGCUUCCUUCAAAAAACUUAUGACUCCCAAAAAACGCUCGAAGGGCUCGUCCUCAGGCCACGAAGAGACACAAGUCCCAGCUUCAGGACAUGAAGCUAAACCAAGACAAGGAGAACAAACAUCAGAUCACAGCUCAGAAGAAGGAAGAAAGAGAAAAGAUUCAUCAGUGUCAUGGGAAGCUGUUUUGUGCGGAUCAGGACGGAGAAGAAGCCGGAAAACAUCCGACUCUGAGGAUGAAUCGCCUCAAAAUGAUAAUGCCGAUAACAAACAAGACAGUGGAGCCAAACAGGGUGCUGAAACACAACUAGAAAAUUCUAACAAGGUCCAUGAAACUCUAGCUUCAUCAACCAGACAAGUUGGAAGUCUUCCAGAGGGUGACGGGGGAUCGACAUGGCAAUCAUUUAAAAAACUUGUCACCCCCAAAAGGAAAGCCAAAGACGAAGAUGAAGGAAAAGACAAAAUACACUCUGACAGUGAAAUUACUCAAGAUGAUUCCUCCUUUUCCAUAAAGAAACUCCUACCAGGACGAAAAAAGAGAAAGUCCGGUGAGAGACAAGACCAAGUGUCUUCAGACGAGGCUGAGAAGGAAGUAGCUUCAGGUGAUGAAGACUCUGAAACACCAGCUGUGGUUCCACUGUCAGAGUUUGAUACAGCUGAGACAGGAAUUCAAAUACAAACACAGGCAGACAUAGAAAGUGACACACCAAAGGAAUUAGAGGAUAAUCUAAAGCAAGAUGACAUGUCUGAGCCAGUCGUACCUUGUGAUGAUAGGCAAACUGAAGCAACGACAGUCCAAAAGAAGGAGGAAGCUUUAAAGAAUGAGGCAUCUACAGCCCCUGUUACAAAUGAAGAACCAGAUGAGGAGCUGAUCAGUAAGCAUCAACAACUCAGUGAUAUCACAGAGGAGGGUGCAAUUACAGAUACAAUGGCCACUCCAGCAUCAACCAAUGAAGAGGCAGCUAGAGAUGACACUAUAGCAGAGGACCUGAUAGAGAUCACAUCUGAGGCCAUAACUGCUCCAGAGCCUGUUGAUGUUACCCUGGCAGAUGAAACCGAGAUGAUCUCAGCAGUUUCCCAGUUAUCAGAGUCUUCAAAAACAUCUGGCAACACAACUCCAGUCCCAGCAGAACUUGAUGUCAAGGAUACAGAGUUGUUACUGCAGAAUGUCGUUGAAAACAUCCAAAUGAGCCAAGACGCAGUUCCAGUGUGCUCAGACGAUCCAAGUUCUGAAAAAGCACGUCCAGAUGUUGAAGCAAUAGAUGCACCUCAAGACCUUGUAGUAACAGCCCAACCAGAGAGUGUAUCUGACACCUAUGAAGCUAUGUCAACGGAUAUCAUAUCGGAGGUUCUUACCGAGGAGUUUGACACUGCUGAAAUAACCACAGAUGAUGUUUAUAAGGAAGAUGUUUCACAGUUACAAGACACCAUUAGUGAAUUAGAGGUUUCUGAAGAAAGCCAACAUAAAGAGAAAUUUGUACCUGAGGUAAAUGAAGCAGUGCCUGUUGAGACACUACCUGAAGGUGAAGAAGUUGUCCCACAUCCUGUAGUUGAGGCAGAUGAAGCUGAAAUCUCAAAAAUGGACUCCCAAGACACAGAACCAGCUCCUGCAAUAGCCGAGGGACCUAAGGAUGGAGCUGUGGUGCAGGAAAUCCAAAGUCUGGCAGAAAAGGAAGAUCAGAUCCAGGAAAAUGUCCCUGAACAAUUUCCAUUUGAGGAUCAACCAGCUGUAGUGGCAGACAAGCAGGAAGAACUAGAAACUGUAGAAACCAACAAAUUAGCUUCAGAGAAGAGUGAUGCACAAUCACUUGAAAAGAAUGUUCCAAUCUCAGAGGAUAUUUUACCUGCAGAAAAUGUUACAAGUGAACUCAAACAGACAGCAGAACAUCUCACUGGAGUAACUGAAAACAAAGAACCACAAUCUGAUGCCCCAAAAAUUGAUCAACAUGAAGCCAUAGUGGAUUCAGAAGAUGGUAGUGUUCAGUCACUUGAAAAAGAAGUUCCACCAGAAGAAACACUGCUUUUCCCUGAAGUUAGUGUUAUACUAGUGGAAGCUUCCAAAACUGAGCGUAUUCAAGAACAAGAAGCGUUACAAGCUGUUGUAUUAGAUCGAGAAGUAAGCAGCCCUGAAUCACUUGCUAAAGAAGUAAUAUCAGAGGAUGUUCCACCCGAAGAAACAGUUACAGAUGAACCCAAAGAGGAAACAGUACCUCUUGUUGAAGAUAAUGUUGCUCCAGUAGAUACUCCCAAAACUGAACAUAUUCAAAAAACAGAAGCAUCACAAGCUGUAGAAGAUGCCACAUUAAAUUUAGAGGGAGUACUUGAAAAAGAAGUAAUAUCAGAGGAUGCUCCAUCAGAAGAAAUGGCUAGAAAUGAAUCUAAAGAGGAACCAGUACCUCUUGCAGAAGGUAAUGUUGAGUCAAUGGAUGCUUCCAGAACUGAACUUAUUCGAGAGCCGGAAACAUUACAGACCGCCACGUUAGAUUCAAAGCCAGACAGCCCUGAAUUACCUCAAAAAGAUGUAAUAUCUGAGGAUGUUCCACCAGAAGAAACAGCUCGAGAUGAACCCAAAGAGGAACCAGUGGCUCUUGUUAAAGUUAAUGUUGAGCCAGUGGAUGCUCCCAAAACGGAACAUAUACAAGAGCCAGAAACAUUACAAGCCAUCACAUUAGAUUCAGAAGUGAGUAGCCCUGAAUUACCUCAAAAAGAAGUAAUACCAGAGGAAGUUCCAUCAGAAGAAACUGUUAGAGAGGAACCGGAAAAGGACACAGUACUUCUUGCUGGAGUUAAUGUUGAGCCAGUGGAUGCCUCCAAAACGGAACAUAUUCAAGAGCCAGAAACAUUACAAGCCACCACAUUAGAUUCAGAAGCGAGUUGCCCUGAAUUAUCUCAAAAAGAAGUAAUAUCAGAGGAUGUUCCAUCAGAAGAAACCAUGAGAGAGGAACCAAAAGAGGACACAGUACUUCUUGCUGAAGUUAAUGUUGAGCCAGUGGAUGCCUCCAAAAUCAAGCACGUUCAAGAACCUGAAGUGUUACAAGCUGCCACAUUAGAUUCAGAAGCAAGCAGCCCCGAAUCACUUGAAAAAGAAGUGAUGUCAGAGGAUGUUCCACCAGCAGAAACUGUGAAAGAUGAAACUAAAAAGGAAACAGUACCUCUUGCUGAGGUUAAUGUUGAAUCAGUGGAUGCCUCCAAAGAACCAGAAGUGCUACAAACUGUACAAGAAACCACAGCAAAUUCUGAAGCAAGUGGCCCUCAGUUACUUGAAAAGAAAGAAAUAUCAGAGGAUGUUCAAGUAAAAACAGUUACAGAUGAACCCAAACAGGCACCUGAAGUCAGCACUGAGCUAGAAAAACCACCAGUGGAACCAGAAAUAUCGGCACCUGAUGUCAAAGAAGUCGUAACUGAAACAGAAACUGGGGCAGCUGCAUCCAGUGUUGAGGAAUGCAAUGCCCAGGAAAAACAAAUACCGUUAGAUGAUGUUACAAAACCAGCUGGGAAAGAUGUCAUUGCUUCAGUUCAAGUGGAAACUGAGAUCAAAGCUGUGGAUCAGGCUUUGGAGAGAAACAGCGAUCAAAAAACAGAGAGCUUCUCCCAAAGUGUUGAGGUUGAGGUUGAGGACAGCACCACUGAAGCUGUAGAGGAGUUAGAAACAACCACAGCAGUUAACGUGCCCUCUGUUAUGGAAGAAGCAAGCUGUGUUCAGAUCCUGGAGGAGACUGUCCUUUCUAAAGAAACCCCUGAGCCUUGUGUAGACAGUGCUGAAGCUUCAGAUGAACCCACAUGUGAAGUGCACAUCAACGGAAUAGGAGAUCAAAUAAAUGGACUUCCAAGUGCUGAGAUGAAGACUGCUGAGGUCCAACAUGUUGUUGUGAUGCAAGUAACCACGUGUAAUCUAAAAGAUGAGAUACCCAGUGUUUUCGUAGAGAAAACAUCAGAAACUCAUGAACCCUUGAUAGACAAGAUGGCAGGUGAGACCGAGCUCAAGGAGGGAGUCGAGAGUGCUGCACCGUUAGUGGAAGACAGUGUAGAGGUCGAGGACAAUCACAGAAUCCAAGUGCAGAAAGUGGAUGUGGAUAUUAAAUCACUACUAGAGGUAGGAGUUACAGAAGACACAAAGGUCACAGAUGUUUGUCAUGAAACUACUGAAAAAGUAGAAGUUCUCUCUGCAACUUCAGGAAUUGAAGAUGAGGUAUUUAACAAGGAAACCAAGGCGGCUGUUCAAGGAGAUAUUCCAAAUGUAAAGGAGAACUUACCACGGACGAUACCUGAAUCUCUGGUUGUCAGUUUGGAACAAGAAAUUCUGAAAGUUGCUUUGACAGAAGUGGUUGCGAAUGUAUCAAAUCAAGCAAGGAAUCAAGAAGAGAUAAACAACGGCACUGAGAAGUUUAUGGAAGGACAAGAUGAAGGUUCUGCUGUCCCCAGUGAUGGUGGUGCAAUCCCAACCGAACACCAUGAUUCCCACCUGCAAACAUCUGAUAUUCCAGGAGAUUUAGAUGUUUCUGUGCCUGAUCAAAAAGAGGAUUUGGAGGAAACUAAAGCAGAUGAAAUAUGCCCAUCAGAAGAAUUAGCUGUGAAGAAAGUCAUUGAAAACACCACAGAAGCACAACAGACAACCCAGAUUGUUACAACCAGUAAUACCGGACUAGUAACUCAGCAAAACACUGGAACCAUCUCGUCACUGUGUAACAUGGAGUCCCCAACUAGCUUCUCCUUUGAAGUCAAAUUUAACAUACAGUUUGAGAAAACAAAAGUUCCUGAAUCUCCAACAUCUCCUACAGAGACACUCAAACCUGUAAAGCAGACGGACGUGUCUGAAGUCGGCAUUCAGGUAGUGGAGGCAGUAGCACCCAUAAAUGCAACCGAAAGAGAUGAGAAACAGAUCACAGAACCGCCAGUAAACUUGGAUUCAAACAAAAUGACAAAGAUUACAAGUCAGGCAGCACAACUGGACGUCGGUAUCCGAGCAGUGGAAACCAUAACACCAGUAGAAGAAAUCACAUCUACGGAGACUGCAACCCCGAACAUCCAAGCUGCAGAAACAAUCCAACCAGAGACGCAAGCAGAGUCGAGAGAAGUGUUUCUGAGUCAACCAUUGCUCGGUGAAGCAAAAGCAAAGGAACCAAUAGCUGAGGACAAUGAUGUGUGGCAGGAUGCCGAAGAAGAGAUUUUCACUCAACAGCCAACUGAGAAGGAGCAAGAUGAAAAAGCAGAACAUGGACAAGAAGCCCAACAAGAAACGCACAAAACUGAAGGAACACCUGAGAUUGAGAGUGAAGGCGAACAUUUUGUUGCUGCACUCGAGCAUCCGGAAACUGUAACUGCAGGCGACAUGACAAUGGAUUUGAACUAAUUCAACUCAAGUCUCAGCGACUGGUUGGACAAUCAAAAAGGAAAAGGAAGAACGUAUCAAAAAGCCAUUAAAGCCUUUUCUUUUGCCUUCUGUAGAAGCAAAAAUGAGCUAGAUUUAUUACAUUAUUUUAAUAAUAUUAUAAAGAUGUAUGAGUGAGAUGUUGCAAGAGGAGUUCUGCUUCUCAGAGGGCAUGUUUGAGGUGUGACAGUGACUAUGAGUGACCUCUUUAAGUAAAUUUAACGAGCCGUUUGCUUUAAUUACUAAUCAUGCCAAGUCUUUCCAAUCACAUUUCACACCAUACUCUGUCUGAUAUCUUUUUUUUUCAUCUUUUAUGGUACAAAAGCAUCAACAACAUUAUUCAGAAGCAACUUUACUUCAUGAUGUAUGCAACCCAAGUACAGCACAUUUUAUAUAUAUAUUAAUAUAUGUAGAUAAUUCACAGCUUUCUUUUUGCAUCCUUUACGUUCACAAAUUGUUUCACUUGUUUAUUUUACUUAAUGUUCCCAUGGUAUCUAAAAGCAAUAGGAAGACCUGGACCUAAUGAGGAUAUGCAGUGUUGUUCUAUUUUAUCUUGUAAAUAACUGUUUUAAUGCUUAAAGAGGCUGAACUGUGCGUUUUCAAUCUACAAGAAUUUCUACUCUAAGUGCAUGAAGACAGCAUGGCACAAAAAUGUUAUAUUUGACACUACUGGCCAAUUUUCCAGACGUGGAUGAAGCCAAAUGAGAAAUUCAAUGAAUAUCUCCAUUGAAUAAAGUUGUUCAUCCAGGACUGAGCUUAACCAUGUCUGGGAAACUGAGCCAAUAUACUACAGUUGAAGUUUAAAUUAAUCAAAAAUAUAUUUAUAAUUAAUAUAUUUACUAUCUGCAGAGCCUUAAACAAUCACGGCAGCUUUUACUCCUCCCAUUUUUUCUCCCAGCUGUGCACUUUUAAGUAUCUUUGACACCACAGGUUCAGUAAUCGAACUGUGUAGCAGGAGUGGAAAAGAAGGUGUUUAUUUUAGCCAUUUGUCUACUUUUUCCUGACAUACACUGAUUUUACAGAAACUUCCUGCUGAUCUGAGUCAUGUGAUGUCAACUAAUGCAAAAUGCAAAGCCAAGUUUCCUGUAUUUAUAUAUUUACCACUGUUUUAUUAAUAAGAAGUAUUUUAUUUGAAUAAAGAAAACCCACAAAUUUCAAA